AUGUCAGAUCAAGGUAGCAAGGAGCCUAGACACCACUUCAUAUGGGGUGAGGAGAAGCUGGUGGACAAAGAAUCCAGCAGCAUCUCCAGCGCCAUAGACAUAAAUGUCCCAGAGGAUGGUGAGCCGCUUCUACUCCCCUAUGGGCCCCUACCGGUUCCAAAACCGGACUUCAGAGACCAGCUAGAGCAACUGCAGAAGAUCUGCGCUAGAGUCAGAGGUGAGGAGGACCCGGAGGCGAGCGACGAGGACGAAGACGCCAACGAUGCUGAUGACAAUGCUGACGACGAUGCUGAGGACGACAGUGUUAACAGUGAUGUCAACAGCGAGCAUACACGCGAAGAAAAUCAGGCAGAAGAUAAUACCGAGAACGACGAUGACAAUGUUAACAGCGAGUAUACACGCGAAGAAAAUCAGGCAGAAGAUGAUACCGAGAACGACAAUGACAAUAUCAAUGGCAGUGAAUAG